AUGCGUAUCGCGCUCGAGACCAGAAAGCCUCUUCCACAAUACAAGUGCUGGUAUGCUUACGAUGCCAAAAAGAAUGCGACUGUCAACGAUCUACGACGUGCCAUCAACAAGGAUCUCAAGCUUGUCCAGUCCAGCCGCGAUCUAGAACUCAAGGGAGGUUCCUUUGCUUUUCUUCCACAAUUGCCUCUCAAGGGAUUGAUCCAAGACGAUGACAUUAUCACUAUCAAGUUUGACAAGCAUAACAAGAAACGCGUGGUGAAGAAGACUACAGUGCGUGCCAAGGUGGAAAAGCCAAAGAAGAGCGACAAGCGAUCGACAAUGGAUAAGAAGAGCAGCAAUGAAAAGAAGAGAAAAGCCAUCGACACCGAGGACGACAAGCCCAAAAAGAAGCGUAAAGAGAAGGAGACAACUUCACCCAGCAAGCCAGAGACGACAACAACAGCAGCAGCAGCAGCAUCGAACGAUGGUCUUACAAAGACACAAAAGAGGAACCGACGCAAAGCCAUCAAACGAAUCAAACAGCGUGAAGAGCAAGAGAAGCUGAAACAACAACAACAACAACAGACAAAGCAAAAGAACGUGAUCGAGACAACCCACGACGAGGAUAAAACAGCAUCAUCAGAGCACCUUCUCAAAUUCAACAAGAACAAACGCAAAGAUUUCCUCAAAGUACAAAACAAAAAGAAGCGUGAACACGUACGAUUUGACGGCAUCCAAGAGGAAGAGGAGGAGGAGGAGGAGGAGUGGGAAGCACCCGACGAGAUUACAGCUACUACCUAUGAUGAUCAAUACGAUGCAUAUGGAUAUGAGAUGGAGGAUCAUGAGAAUCUUUAUGGAGCAGCGUAUGUGACAUCGGUUGAGGCAGAUCAACGAUACAAGGGUGAAAAGAAAGAAGGCAAAUCGUAUCCUAUCGAUCACAUGGCCGAUCAUUUUUAUGCUGAAGCACCACCGUCAUCAGAGGAUGUUGAGGAAGAUGAAAUUGAAAUCACCCAAGAAGAGCAGCAGCAGCAGCAACCUAUUCAACGCAACUAUGAAGAGCUUCCCAAACUCGGAUUUUCUGGUUCUUCCAUUCCUGCUGUGGGGGAUUUAAUCGCAUUCAAGCUGCUUUCUAUGACAGAGGCAUAUACACCAGAGAUUUCGGAUUGGAAGGAAGCCAAGGUGCUCUCUUUGGAUACCGAUGGGCAACCAUCCAUUACAGUCGAAUACCAACCAGGAUUUUUGUUAAAGAAGCAUCAUGGAAAGUUUGAUUUACCGGAUGAGGAAGAAGACGAGGACGAGGAGGGCGACGAAGAGAAUGAAUUUGCAAAGGACCAAACAAUGACCUAUACCGAUUCGGAUAUUGUUGACAUGCGAAAAGUAGUAGAAGAAUGA